AUGCAACUUUUACCCUUACCUUGCUACAUACGAUCGUACGGCAGUGACGCAAUGGGUCAGUCUAGCGAUAGUGGCCAUCUCGACUGUACUGGGGCCAAUUCCCAGGAGGAUUUUUGCAGCUUCGUUAUUACUGGUCGUCGUGAGUCGGUAGAUUCUGCUCGCCUUCUCUUGUCAUUCCACAUUGACUACAUAAAAAAACUGGAGGACCUCGAGGUGGGCUCUCUUUGUUGCAAUUUAUUACAUUGUACUGAAUAG